UCCGAUACUUCUCCCAGAAGGAAAGAACUCUCUAUAUAUUAGUCACCCUCUUUCCCAAUGAAUUCCAACCAGCCACGUAUUCUAUCACUCUGAGCUGCUUUUAUUCUCAUUGCUUUCACGAGAACUGAGAAGUGGAAGAAAUGGCGGACGCUGAAGCAAGCGUUACAGAGACAACCAACGGCGGUCCUCACGACUUUCGCUCGCUCCUCUCGGGAGAAGAUAGGGACUUUCUUGUCCGCAACAACGGGGAUCAGGUUAGAAUUGACAGCUUGGAGGGGAAGAAGCUUGGGCUUUAUUUUUCCGCAUCAUGGUGUGGCCCAUGUCGGCGAUUCACCCCAAGUUUUGUCGAGGUGUACAACGAACUCUCUCCAAAAGGUGAUUUUGAGGUCAUUUUUGUUUCUGCUGAUGAAGAUGAGGAGUCCUUCAAAGAUUACUUUUCCAAGAUGCCAUGGCUUGCAAUCCCAUUUUCUGAUUCAGGCAAACGUGAUCACUUGGAUGGAUUGUUCAAGGUUCAGGGGAUACCCCACCUUGUAAUCAUUGAUGAAGAUGGGAAAGUUGUGAGUGACAAUGGAGUUGAGAGCAUUCAAGAAUAUGGAGUUGAAGGAUACCCUUUUACACAAGAAAAGAUCAAAGAAUUGAAAGAUCAAGAGGAAGCCGCCAGGAAGAAUCAAUCUUUGAGAUCUAUCUUGGUAUCCCGCUCACGGGACUUUAUAAUCUCAUCUGAUGGCAGGAAGGUGCCUGUCUCUGAACUUGAGGGGAAGAUAGUUGCUCUGUAUUUCUCAUUGUUCUCAUACAAGCCGUGCGGUGAUUUUACGCCAAAACUUGUUGAGGUUUAUGAAAAAUUGAAGGCAAAGGGAGAGAGCUUCGAGGUUGUGAUGAUACCACUCGAUGAUAAUGAGGAAUCAUUUAAUCAGGGUUUUGAAAGCAUGCCCUGGUUCUCCCUGCCCAUGAAGGACAAGAGCUGUGGGAAGCUGGUUCGAUACUUUGAACUUUCAACCCUCCCCACUUUGGUUAUUAUAGGGCCAGAUGGAAGGACUCUACAUUCUAAUGUUGCUGAAACCAUUGAAGAACAUGGAGUUCUGGCAUACCCAUUCACCCCAGAAAAGUUUGCAGAGCUUGCUGAAAUAGAGAAGGCAAAAGAGGAAGCUCAAACCCUGGAGUCCAUUUUGGUUUUAGGGGAACGAGAUUUUGUCAUUGGGAAAGAUGGAGUCAAGAUUCCAGUGUCGGAUUUAGUUGGGAAGAACAUCCUCCUUUACUUCUCAGCACAUUGGUGCCCGCCUUGCCGUGCCUUUCUACCGAAACUUACCGAGGCAUACCACAAGAUCAAGGCAAAUGAUGAUGCUUUUGAAGUGAUUUUCAUCUCUAGUGACAAGGACGAUGCCUCCUUUAGUGAUUUCUUUUCAGGAAUGCCAUGGCUGGCACUUCCCUUUGGGGACCCGAGGAAAGCAUCAUUGAGUCGCAUGUUUAAAGUCUAUGGUAUCCCCAUGGUUAUAGCCAUUGGACCUAGUGGCCGAACUGUCACAAAAGAUGCUAGAGAUCUCAUUAUGAUGCAUGGUGCGGAUGCUUAUCCUUUCACUGAUGAGCGAGUGAAGGAGAUCGAGGAUGAUGAAGUCAAAGGGCCCAAGGAUGAUGAUUCUAAGGGAGAAGAAAAUCACAAAGAAGGGUGGGUCUGUGAUGGGGAUGUCUGCAAAAAAGCUUGAGUUCCGUUUCUGAAACUUUGAGAUGUUGAUCUUUGAUGAUGGCUUUUUCUUCUUCCUGAGCCGUUUUAUCGUGAUGCAAAUAAGGUUUCAUGGUAACCUGCCGUCCUGUGUGGCUUUGAAGUAUCUCAUCUGUACUGUAUGUAAUAUAAUAUGAAUUUGGGUGUGCUAUUGUGUCGUAGAGAUCUAUCAUAAUAAAAUAAAAUAUCAUUUAACGCAAAAUUAAUUAAGUUGUGGAUGCUGUAGUUUUGUGCCUCAA